AUGAACCCUUCAUAUCUGGAAUAUCCAUUAAUCGUCCAGCGCCUAAAAUCUUUUGAUGAGUGGAUACCAACCCAUCCUAUAAAACCAAUAGUACUAGCUGUUGCAGGUUUUUAUUAUACUGGUAAAAAUGAUAAAGUCUUGUGUGCUAUCUGCGGGGUAGUUGUCAAUAAAUGGUCUGUGUGCGACAUACCUUUAUAUAAACAUAAAGAGUGUUGCCUGUUUCUGGCAGCCUAUAAAAAAGCUCAAAAACUACUAGCAGUCGAUGAACGCCUAAAAACGUUUCCCCCACGUUACAAAACAGCUAAAAAGCUUGCAUCCUGUGGUUUUUACUACACAAAAGAAGAAGGGCUACGUUAUAUAACUAAUAAGGAUAUCACCACAUACAUUGCUAGAUUAGAUACAUUCCUACAGCAACCCGGCCCGUCUAAGCCUCUACGGCUUGCCAGUAUUAAAAGAGCUGCAGAGUUUGGUUAUAUACAAACAUAUGUAGGCUCGGAUAGUCGUGUGAUAAAAGCAGACAUCUGUUUAAUCAUAGAUGUUACUGUAAAAGAAGACAUUGCUGUGAAUAACGAGGUUAUUCAAAAUGGGCGUCUUAUUUGUAAAAUUUGCUUCAAUAACGAAAUUAAUACAGUGUCGUUGCCCUGUGGCCAUGCUGCGAAGUGCUUAGACUGUUCUGCUGUAGUUCAAGAGAGUUGUUGUAUAUGUAGAGCACCUAUUGUAUUCACAACAAGACUUUAUAUUUAA